AUGGCUAACCAGCUUGAGAGGCAAAAUGACGUCGAGGAGACCGCUCGCUUGUUGUAUGAUAUGCAAGCGCCAGGUAUAGUGCUAUCUGGCGAUAGUUAUUACACUGGUGGCUUUGCCAACAAACACCAUCCGACAGAAGCUGAGAUCGAAGAAGCUCGUCAAAACAACGAUAAUAUACGUCGACAAAGCAUCGCCAACAUCAAUAAACGUCGAGACAGCCUUGCAUUGAGCAUUAACGACACCCCCUCAAGUAGCUGGAGUAGCCGACGAAUGAGCGUCACUGACUCCAUGAAAGAUUUCUUCAAGGCCCGAAGGUCGACGAAGACCUGA